AUGAAUGCAGGGACUCGUCGUGUGAUCAUGUGGUACCAUGACAAGUCGACCUUCUAUGUGCAUGAUAGGUGGAUUGUUUAUUGGCAGAAGACCUCCAGAAAAGGUCCUAAGCCUAAGCCGAAAGGCAAAGAUGUGUUGUUAAUGGUAGCCGACUUUGUUUCAGCAGAUUAUGGAUGGCUCACCUCACUAGACAGUGCUAAAUCAGCAAGGGUCCUGUUCAAAGCAGGAAAGAAUCGUGAGGGCUAUUUCACGAAUGAGAACAUUCUAGAACAAGCAAAAAAAGCCAUGAACAUCUUGCAGUGCCACUACCCCAAUGAAGAUUAUAUUUUUAUCUAUAACAAUGCAUCUACGCACCUGAAAAGAAGUCCAAUUUUUUUUAGCGCAAAGGUUCCUAUCACAAACAGAGCGACAGGAAAACCAGUGUAUGGCCUAGAUGGUCAGACUGCAUUGACCAAGAAGAUACCAAUGGCCGGUGCCAAGUUUGCAGAUGGCUCGCUGCAGUCUCCCUACUUUCUCUUUAGUCACAAGCGGGCUGGUGUCUUCAAGAGUAUGAAGAACAUUUUACAGGAGCACAGAAUCAAUGUUACUGGUCUUCGUGCACAGUGUGAUAUGGACUUCAAGUGUGAGCCACCUACAUUGAACUGCUGCUGCCAUUGGAUUCUCUUUAAUCAGCCAGAUUUUGCAAAGGUCAAAUUCUGCCUUGAAACUCACUGUGAAAAGCAAGGCUUCCGGGCUCUCUUCUUUCCAAAGUUUCAUUGCGAACUCAAUCCGAUUGAGCAGUGUUGGAGGCACAGCAAGCAUGAAUACCGCAUGUAUCCAGAGUCAUCACUCAAGGCCGACUUAGAGUGUAAUGUUGUAAAGGCUCUCAGAACAGUUAGCGUUAUCUCUAUAUGUCGAUUUUUCACCUGUAUGUGGCGCUUCAUAGAUGGAUACAGGUAUGGCCUCACAGGCAAGGUGGUGGCAUAUGCCGAGAAGAAGUACUGUGGCCAUCGAGCUCUUCCCCGCUUGAUCUUGAAGGAACUCGAGCUUGAGGGUCAGCUUGAGGUAGUGGCAUAG